CUCGCUGUGUGCUGGAGUCCUUCUCAAUCCACUCAGACUUCAUUUCAUUCUCAGCAAGUGCCCGCUCACAUUUGUGUUGCUCGGCAGCAUGGCACCAAAGAAGAUUGAACCCAAGAAACCUGAACCGAAAAAACCAGAGCCCAAGAAGGAUGCUGCUCCAGCUGCGAAGCCGGUAACAAUUCCAGAGCCACAGCCAGAGGCCCCCAAGGAGCCCGAUUUUGACCCCAAGAGCAUCACUCUCGAAUACACCUCUGACCAAAUCGAAGAGUUCAAAGAGGCCUUCACCUUGUUUGACCGCACGCCGACUGGAGAAAUGAAGAUCACCUUCGGCCAAUGUGGGGAUGUCAUGCGAGCUCUCGGCCAAAACCCCACCAACGCCGAUGUCCUCAAAGUACUUGGAAAGCCACGGCCAGAGGACAUGAGCACCAAAAUGGUCGACUUUGAAACCUUCUUGCCGAUGCUGCAGCACAUUUCCCGUGCAAAAGAUCAAGGGAAUUUUGAGGAUUUUGUGGAAGGUCUCAGAGUUUUCGACAAGGAAGGCAACGGCACUAUCAUGGGUGCGGAGCUGCGUCACGUCCUGGCAACGCUUGGGGAGAGGAUGACCGAGGAUGAGGUGGACAGACUGAUGGCUGGGCAAGAGGAUGCAAAUGGCUGCAUCAACUAUGCUUCAUUCGUAAGGCAUAUUCUCUCUGGGUAAACAGAACAUUUACUCACAAGGACUUAUAUUUCCUCCACAUCUUGGCUUGAGCCUUUGAGCGAGCGGCAUACCAUUCAAGAUAAUGUAUUCAAAGCAAAUGCAAACACCAAACUGUGAGAGAAGAGUACUGCACUAAUAUGGAAAUCCACAAAUAAAUGAAAGUAUAACUGAACUGCCUGCUCUCUGAUGUCAUUUCAGUUGUGACAGCUUGGAUCAUUAAACUGAAAAAAAUGAGGGUCUGAUUUAUCUGUUCAUCACGGGUGAUGUGAAAAUUAUUCAGAUUUCGAUCAGAAGGAAAUUGAUUUUGUCCAGUA